AAUAGCAGGUCCUGUGAAUGCGGCCACAGCCUGUUCGAGUUUCAUCACUGGGGUUUCUCUCCUACCCAUCAUCCUUGUCCAGGAGAGGCCUCCGUGUCCUUCCGUGGCCGAAGCCUGAAGGGCAAGCAAAGCUCCCUUCCCAAAGGGUACGUUGGGUUAGUGCUGGAAGAGACCGCCUUACUCCUAGCCUCCAAGGAACGGGAAGUGAGUGUGAAAUCAACCUUCGAUUCCCUGACGGUGUGGAACCUCGAACGGGCACCAACUAACAGCGAUGAAAUCCUCAUGGCUCUUGCUUGGCCAGCAAUUGCGCAAGGGAUCCACGCCCCUGUGACCGAUGAAGAGUGAGGAAGAUCGCGGCUUCACCUGAAUGUAUCCUGCAGAAAAUACAUCGUGCUCUGACUUAAAAUGUGGACUUGGGGGAAGAAGAUCAUGGAACAAACUUUGCCCUCCCUUUGCUGUCAUAAGCAAGUUCCUUUGCUGACUCCGUUUCCUUCCAAACUAAAUUUGCAAUUUACCCUAUAAUACAGCCACUUGAAAAAAUCAUGGCUUUCCAUGGAUCUUGGGUUGAUUUUAAUUUUGAUGUCACCUAGGUCUUUCCUACUGCUACCUGCAUGUUUAAAAAAUAAUAAAACCUCUGAUAAUUUUGAAACUAGAGACAUAAACUCUU